CGACACCCCCCUUCGCGACGAAUCUUAUAUCCAGCUCGACUUCGCUUCCUCGUCGACCUGAAUUCUCGCAAAAAUGGCUACCGAGUUGACCGUCCAGUCGGAACGUGCGUUCCAGAAGCAGCCUCACAUCUUCCUCAACUCCAAGACCAAGGCGAAGAGCAAGAAGGUCGGCCAGACCCGGAGAUGGUACAAGGAUGUCGGUCUGGGAUUCCGUACUCCCAAGACUGCCAUUGAGGGCAGCUACAUCGACAAGAAGUGCCCCUUCACCGGUAUGGUCUCCAUCCGUGGUCGUAUCCUGACCGGCCGUGUCGUCUCUACCAAGAUGCACCGUACCAUCAUCAUCCGCCGUGAAUACCUCCACUACGUCCCCAAGUACAACCGUUACGAGAAGAGACACAAGAACCUUGCCGCUCACGUCUCUCCCGCUUUCCGUGUUGAGGAGGGUGACUGGGUCACCGUCGGCCAGUGCCGUCCUCUGAGCAAGACUGUCCGCUUCAACGUCCUGCGUGUCCUGCCCCGUACCGGCAAGGCCGUCAAGUCGUUCAACAAGUUCUAAACGUCGAUAAUGGAUGAAGGGGGUGUUCACAUGGAAAAUAAAACCUAGGGCAGCGGCGUGACUGGAUAUAAGCGAAAUGAUCUGGCGGGUUGGGAUUGUUUUAACGAUUCUAUGUCCCGGGUACCCUCCUGCAGGAAAUAUCCAAUACAAAAAAAUUUGAUCCUCCUGUGUUACAUACAAUAUCUACAGCAGACCACGGAAUAAGGGAUUAUCACGCACGGCGGCUUUGGGAAUGGAAUUUUCUUGUCAUGACUUAGAAUCUGAUUUAUUCUCUCCUCGUAUCUAACGGCGGGAGGAGUAGAUAGAUACAUUGUCUUGUGUCCUUCACUCUGCUCCUUUGAAAGCGGCCUUCUGGAUCCUUUAACAGACCCAUCUCGAGCAUGCAAACCUGAGAGGUUCUGGCGAAGUCUCACUUUAGAAAACGCUUAAUCCUCUCGCGAUCUG